GAAUUUUUCGUGUUUGAUUUGCCAUCAACAGCUAUCACAUUCGAAUUUGUGUUAAGACGUGGCUAGUUUCUUUGAACAUAAUCAUUUAUUUAUUAUUAAACAUUAAAAGGUAUUAUUCAAAAUGAGUAAAGCUUUAUUUUUCGCUACGGUUUUCGCAUUUUUUUCCGUCGUAAUUUGCUCAAGUUGUACAAAUCCCGAAGUAACCUCAAAAUCAUUCACAACUCAAGAUGCUACGAUUGUAUCAAAUAUUGCAUAUAUAUCUGAAUUCACUGUAAAAUGUGAAUCUGGUGAUAUUGGAAGUAUAUAUGCGGAACUAGACGGAAAUGUUGUUCCUGUAUCUAUUGUGGGACCUAACAGGUAUCAGGUGAGUUGGACUGAAGAAGCUAAGUCGGCACGCUCCGGAGAAAAACAAAUAAGACUUUUAAACGAGGAUGGAUACACGGCGUACCGUAAAGCUCUUAGAGCUGGCGAAGACAUUUCUGCUGUACCAUCUCUUUUCAGUGUACUCGUGAACCAUCCAGGCGCAUUUAGUGGCCCUUGGUUGAAAUCUGAAUUCAUCGCAACGGUGGUUUCACUAGUUAUUGCCUAUUUUGCAGUAGCGUCUCGAUCAAAAGUUGUUUCAUAAUGCUCAUAGAAGCUUUGUUGACAUUGUUAAAUAGUAUGUUGAGUCAACUACUGUAAAUUUAUUUAUUUCAUUGUCAUUUUCGAUAAUGUUGUUUAAAUUCAUGAUUUCACAUGUUCCAGUUGUACAUUUUUAAAUUUUUAAUAAAAAAGAAACAGAAA